AUGAACACCUUCUACUCGCUCUUCUUCGUCUUCCUCGCCCUCUUCGCCGCCCAUUCUCUGGCGUCGCCCAUCGUCUACCACAAAGUCAGCUCGAAUGUGCCGGUUAGUUAUUCUUUAAAAAAUUAGGUAACACAGUCUCCAGUUUCGCGUCUGCGUCGUUCUCUCCCUCCCCGUUUUUUCGCCAUGCAAUUUCUCAGUCAACGCCAGCCGCCUUUGCCGCCGAAAAACCGCACAUCUUGCGCAUUCUUGACCGUUUUCCGACAAAAUUGGUUUUAAGGAUGAUAAAUCACGUAAAUACAGGCAUUUUGAGCGCUCGAACACCGAAAUUCACGCAAUUUUUGGCGAGAAACCUGAAACAGAUCAAAUUUGACGCUCUUGCGCUUAAAAACUUUGUUUCGGCCUAUUCGAUCGUUCUAUCGAGGCACAAAUCAGAAAUUAUCGAUUUUUCGUGGCUAACCAACUUUCGCGCCAACUCUGUAGACCGUAGGAAUCGACUAUAUCCUUUUUCAGCUCAAAUUGGACGGAGACGACGAUGGAGGCUACGGAAAGGUUGGUCUUCUUUUCCCAAACAAAAACGAUUCGAAAUUCCAAAUUUUCAGCUGAAACUCGAUGACGACGACGGAGGAUACGGAAAGGUUUGUCGUUUUUAGUCAUUCUAUACAAUAAUCCAUCAUUUGUGCAGCUGAAAUUGGACGGAGACGACGACGGAGGUUACGGAAAGGUGAUUUUGUCUGGAUUAGUGAAAAAACACCGCUUUCCAUUUUCAGGUGAAAUUGGACGGCGAAGACGAUGGCGGUUACGGAAAAGUUGGUUUUCUUCAAAUUUUUUCCGAGAAAAUCACAGAGUUUACGAGUUUUUGUGAAAAGUACCAGAUUUUUAGGUGAGAUUGGACGGCGAUGACGAUGGAGGCUACGUAAGUUGAGCUUUUUCCGAAAAAUUAAACAAAAAUAAUGCAAAUUUCCAGCUGCGAUUGGGCAAGGAGGAUUCCGCACAUAAAGAAGAUCACGGAGAGGCUGUCACUGCCCCGGAAGGAGGAUAUGUGAGCGCUUUUUCGAAAAUGUUGCUCAAAAUCGAUUGAUUUCUUUCGACAAAUUCAAAUUUUUACCAAAUUCACUCAUACUUGUGAUUCUACGGCCCGGAUCAUUUUUUUUAUCGAUGUUUAACGUUAGUAGGUAGAAAAUGACUAAUCAGUGUCACUUUUAGCAUCAAUAUAACCAAUUGAGAUGAGAAACGCCAAAAACAUUACUUUUUCAGAUGCGACUGGGCAAGGAUUCCGGACAUAAAGAAGAUCACGGAGAGGCUGUCACUGCCCCCGAUGGAGGAUAUGUAAGCGCUUUUUUUCACCGUUUUCUCGGGCUUUUCAGAGGUCUAAAUGAAAAAUGCAAAUUUUCAGUCUAAAGCGAGCGGAGACGAUCAAAAUGUGGGCCGAAAGGAGGCUCACGAUCACGGAGACGCCGUCACUGCCGCCCUCGAAGACGACGGAGGAUAUUGA